AUGAGUAUUAACGAAUUCUUGAAUAAUCCAGAAGAAGACGGAGUUUACGAAGUACCUGAUAAUGACAAAUUUAUUGAAUAUCUUAUUGAAAUAUACAGAGAAUCAUCAGAUGUGCAUGUUGUCGAUGACAGUGAAGCUAAUGAUAGUGAAGCUGAUGAUAGUGUUGAAUUACCGAUUGUAAAUUCGUCACACGUCUAUAAAAAGGUCGCUGAACUUAGGCUCAAAUCGAAUAUUUCUGCCGGACAAUCGCUUAAAUUAAGAAUAUUUGCUUUAGGGGGUGAGAAAUAA